CACUUUCCGUGUGUUUGGCUCACUCUCACCGCCACAAUCAGUAGCGAGAAAUUUACUGUUCAAUUCUGUACCCUUUUGCCGAUGCCAUCGAAUGCUCCACUCUCUCUUCACUCUCCGCCGCCACCGUCACCGCCUUUGUUCUUCUCUCUCUAACAUCCCCACCGCCCAAAACCACAACAUUAACCUUCUCGACAACAAUGCCUCUCUCAAACCCCACUUAUUGGAGCUCUCCCUCGCGAUCCCCGAAACCACUCGCACGUGCUGGAGGCUCCCCGCGCUGGGCCCCUCGCACGUGCUGCAACUCCUGCUGGCUCUCGAGUCCCACAGCGUCACUGUCGAAAAGGUUCGAUCUUUGUGGGAAAUUUUCAAAUGGGGUGCUCACAAAAACGUGGCUUUGAAUUCCAAGCACCCUUCACAGUCCCUUGAAACCAUGACCUCGCUUCUCGUGCAAGUGGGGUUGUUUGAAGAAGCCGAGGACUUGCUCUUCGCGUUGGAAAGUAAUGAGAUUUUUUAUGAUCUCGUUAAAGGGUAUGUUGCUGCGAGAGAUUGGGAAAAAGGUGUUUUUGUGUAUGAUGUUAUGAAGGGUCGAGGGAAGGUUCCUUCGAAGGAUUGUUAUGGUGUUUUGAUUGAUCUCUUGGUGAAGGUGAAGAGGACGGGUCUUGCAUCUAGGGUGGCUUUUGAUUUGGUGGAUUUGGGAGUACCGUUGAGUGGUGAUGAAGUGAAGGCGUUGGAGAAGGUUAUGGUGCAGCUUUGCGUUGAUGGGAAGAUUCAGGAAGCAAGGAACAUGGUGAAGAAGGUGUUGGUUCUUAAUUCUGAGGUUAGUAGUUUGGUUUUUGAUGAGAUUGCGUUUGGAUAUUGUGAGAAGAGGGACUUUAAAGAUUUGCUUAGUUUCUUUGUUGAGGUGAAGUGUGCCCCUAGUGUGAUGGCUGCUAAUAGAGUUGUGAAUUCGUUGUGUAGCAGUUAUGGCGUAGAAAGGGCCGGGUUGUUUCUGCAAGAGCUAGAGAGUUUAGGUUUUAGUCCUGAUGAAGUAACCUAUGGGAUAUUGAUUGGUUGGAGUUGUCGCGAAGGGAAGAUGAGAAAUGCAUUGAGUUGUUUGUCAGUUAUGCUAUCGAAAAGCUUUGUGCCGCAUGUGUAUACUUAUAAUGCUCUUAUAAGUGGGUUGUUUAAGUUAGGUAUGUUGGAUCAUGCACGGGACAUUGUUGAUGAGAUGAUUGAGAGGGGGAUACUGCCUGAUAUUUCGACUUUCAGAGUCCUUAUUGCGGGCUAUUGUAAGUCUAGGCGGUUUGAUGAAGUGAAAAGUUUGAUUCAUGAGAUGGAGAACCGUGGAUUGAUUAAGCUUGCUUUGAUGGAGAAUCCGAUUUCCAAGGCUUUUCUGAUUUUGGGCUUGGGCCCUUUGAGUGUGAAGUUGAAACGAGACAAUGAUGGGGGACUUUCGAAAACAGAGUUCUUUGAUGAGGUUGGAAAUGGACUUUAUUUGGAUACAGAUGUUGAUGAGUAUGACAAACACAUUACUUUGGAUCUUGAAGAAUCCAUGGUACCCAACUUCAAUUCAUUUGUAAGUAAGGAAUGUAGCGAUGGUAACCUGAAAAAUGCAUUGGUUUUGGUUGAAGAAAUGCUUUGUUGGGGACAAGAAUUGCUAUUUCCUGAAUUUUCAAAUUUAGUGAGACAACUUUGUUCAUCUCGGUCACAAAUCAAGUCAAUGACCAAGCUUUUGGAGCAAAUGCCAAAGUCUGCACAUAAACUUGACCCAGAAACUCUCAAUUUGGUUGUACAGGCAUACAGCAAGAAAGGCUUACUUUUCAAAGCAAAAAUUAUACUAGAUGGAAUGCUUCAAAACGAAUUUCAUGUCAAGAAUGAGACAUAUACUGCCAUAUUAAUGCCUUUAUGUAAGAAAGGAAACAUGAAGGACUUUAGUUAUUAUUGGGAUGUUGCUUGUAGAAAUAAAUGGUUACCAAGUUUGGAGGACUUUAAAUGUCUUCUAGUCCAUAUCUGCCAUUGGAAAAUGCUUAAGGAAGCAUCACAAUUUCUUGAAAUCAUGCUUUUAUCAUACCCUUAUCUAAAGUCUGAUAUAUGUCAUGUAUUUCUAGAAGUACUUUCUAGUACAGGUCUUGCUGACACUGCACUUGUAGUUUUAAAACAACUGCAACCUUGUUUCAACUUGGAUCAUACUGAUUAUAAUCAUCUUAUAAGGGGUUUAUGCAAUGAGGGAAAAUUUUCUCUAGCCUUUACAGUAUUGGAUGAUAUGCUGGAUAGAUCUUUGGCACCUUGUUUGGAUGUUUCAGUCUUGUUAAUCCCUCAAUUGUGCAAGGCUCAUAGAUAUGACAAAGCUAUUGCUUUAAAAGAUAUCAUUUUAAAAGAGCAGCCUUCAUUUUCUCAUGCUGCAGAUUGUGCAUUGAUAUGCGGAUUUUGCAAUAUGGGGAGCACGGGGAAAGCUGACACUCUGUUCCGUGAUAUGUUGUCUAAAGGGUUAACUCCAGAUGAUGAACUGUGUAACAUAAUUAUUCAGGGCCAUUGCCAUGUUAAUGACUUGAGGAAAGUGGGGGAGCUACUGGGUUUUGCAAUAAGAAAAGAUUGGGAGCUAUCCCUCACAAGUUACAAGAAUUUAGUACGAUUGGUUUGUAGGAAAGGUAGAGUCCAGUUCGCACUGAGCUUAAAGAACCUUAUGCUUGCACAAUGUCCACUUGAUGGGCUUAUCAUAUAUAACAUUCUUAUGUUCUAUCUUUUGAAAGAUGGAAACAGUUUGGAUGUUAAUAAGAUACUAACUGAAAUGGAAGAGAAGAAAGUUGUACUUGAUGAAGUUGGUCAUAAUUUUCUUGUAUAUGGUUUCUUGCAAUGUAGAGAUUUAUCUAGUUCUCUGCAUUAUCUAACUACCAUGAUUUCAAAGGGACUUAAACCAAGUAACCGCAGCUUGAGGAAGGUAAUAAGCAAGCUGUGUGAUGCUGGGAAUCUGAAAAAAGCCCUGAAGUUGAGUCAAGAAAUGAGAUUAAGAGGCUGGAUGCAUGAUUCUUCCAUUCAAACAUCUAUUGUUGAAAGCCUUCUUCUGUGUGGUAAUAUACAAGGAGCAGAAACCUUUUUGGACAGGAUGGGAGAGGAAUCUCUAACUCCUGAUGAUAUCAAUUAUGAUUACCUUAUCAAGUGUUUUUGCCAGCAUGGAAGAUUGAACAAGGCAGUUCAUCUUAUGAACACAAUGCUGAAGAAGCAUAACAUUCCAGUUUCCACCAGUUAUGAUUUUAUCAUUCAUGGAUUCUGUGCACAAAAUAAACUGGACAUAGCUUUGAAUUUUUAUUCUGAGAUGUUGAGUUGGAAUCUCAAACCAAGAAUUGAUACAGUGGAAAUGCUUCUCCAUAGAUUCUGCCAAGAUGGGAAGACAGAACUAGCAGAACAAUUCCUUGUGGACAUGAGUCAUGGAGGUGAAACUCCAACCAGAAAAAUGUAUUGCACUGUAAUUAAGAGUUAUCACAUGAAAAAGAAUCUUAGGAAGGCAUCAGAGCUCCUGCAAGCCAUGCAGGAAAAUGGCUAUCAGCCUGACUUUGAAACACAUUGGUCUCUCAUAAGCAACUUAAACAGUGCCAAAGCAAAGGACACUGAUAAUGCGAGCAAGGGAUUUUUAUCAAGACUUCUUUUUAAAAGUGGCUUUCUUCAAAAGAAAUGAUUCAAAGAAAUAGCCCUUGCCAAAGGGGUAUUUGUUGGUUGUAUUUGUAAGAAUGUAAGUACACUGUACAUUGGACUUCACUUUUUGGGAAAUGAUUUUGGACAACAAUAGUUAUCAACAAUCAAGGGAUCUGUUAAUCACUUUGAGUGUAAUAAUCCAGUUAUAAAGUGACUUUAUCCUCUUUCUAUAUUUGGAUUGGGGACUUCAUGUCAACAUCAAAUAGUUUUGGAAUAAAAUACACACAUCCUUAGCUUCUUU